AUGUCACUCCAGUACUGGAUCGAAAAGUAUAGAUUCAUCACCUGUGGCGACCUCGGCCACGUGUUUCAGAUCUCCGAUGACAUCGCGCUCAAAUGCUCUACGGUGCAGGGCGAUCCACGGUGGAAGGACGAGAGCCGCGUCUAUGACCAACUCGAACGCCAUCCUCCCUGUCCUUACAUCGUGUACAGCUUUUUCCGUCAGCCGGACCUGACUUUCAUGGAGUAUCUACCCGGGGGACAUCUCGAGGACCGACUCCGACGCCGACAGAAAAGAGACGCCAUAACUGACCAGGUUUUGGAGGUGUAUGGCACCGAGCCCAAACGCUUGAUCAUACGAUGGAUGAAAGAGCUGGCAGCAGCUGCUGCUUGGUUGGAAAAGCUGGGCUUGUGCCACGGCGACAUCAGACCGGCUAAUAUUCUGUUGGACGCUCACCAUCACUUGAAGCUGGUCGACUUUGACAACACCGCCGAGAUCGGUUCCGCACGCGCCCUGGGCCCUGUGCCGUAUGUCAGGCUGUUGGGUGACGAAUGUGAAGCCGGGGCGGAUUGGGGCUCUGGUGGACUGGUGGGACCGGCCACUGAACAAUUCGCUUUCGGAUCGGUCUUCUACUAUGUCACUCGCGGCUACGAGCCGUACGAUGAUCAAUACUUUGGAAAAGAUCACGGCCCGAUUGUUGUCGAUAUGUUCCAACGCAAGGAGUUCCCGCCGACAGAUGGCACAAGUGACUUGGAUUCCAUUGUUCGCAGAUGCUGGUAUGCCGAGUUUCCGACCAUGAAGGAUCUGGCUGCCACAGCUGAGUGUCUGAGAUGUGAGGAUGGGGAUGGGGAUGGGGAUGAGGAUGAGGAUACAUUCUUAGCUGAGCCGCCACCUAAGGCCAUGACAACUGACUUCAUUCGAGCUAGACGGCAGGAAUGCCGGCGAAUUGCCGCCGAGGCUCUUGCAGCACCACAACCCCAACCUGAAUUAGAACCUGUGGCCGUUGAUGUUGACGACUCUGUUAAAGGUUGA